AUGGAGGCGACCCUGGUAGAAAUGGUACACACCCUUGCCGCCAUCCUUAUUCUCUGGCUGAUCUCGAGGUCCCUGUGGCAUCUGGUAUGGAGGCCGUACGCCGUCGCCGGCUGGUUUGAACGGCAGGGGAUACGAGGGCCACCUUACAGAUUCGUCCUUGGGUCCUUGUGGGAGAUGAAACAGAUGUUGGUUGCCGAGAGGACAAAGGCGCCUCUGGAUAUCGGCAGCCACGACUACACCUCCCGCGUCAAUCCUUUCUUUCACAAAUGGGCCGCCGAUUAUGGGAAAACAUUUCUGUAUUGGUUGGGACCAACACCGACAAUAUAUUCUACCGACUUGGAGCUAGUCAAGCAAGUACUGGAAGACAAGACAGAGUUGUUCCAAAAGGACUACCUGAAUCCAAUCUUGGAACGCAUCUUCGGCAAAGGACUUGUGACCACAAACGGCGAUGACUGGAAACGGCACCGCAGAGUCGUAUACCCGAUCUUCAACCACGAGAGCCUCAAGUCUGUGUCAGCUAUGACAAGGGAAGGCACGCAAAAGAUGAUUGCGCAAUGGUGCAACCAAAUAGAAAAGGGUGACGGCCACCAAGCCGAGAUAGACAUGAGGUGCUACGCUGAAGAGUUGACUUUAGGAGUCAUUGAACAGGUGAUCUUCGGCCAAAACAGCAAAGAAUCCCGGGAGGUGUUUGUCGCGGGCAAGGAGGGCCAGAAGCUCGCGGUAUAUGCGUUUGCGGAUCCUCAAAUACCCGGAUUUAGAUACCUGCCCACACCCCGUAACAUUAGGGCAUGGAAACUUGACAAGUCGGCGACGAGCAAUAUAACACAGCUCAUAAAGGAGCGGCUUGCCAGUGGUGUCGGCGGAGACGACCUACUCGGGUUGAUGCUGCAGGCGUACAAGUUAAAAGAAGUUGAAUCAUUGAGCUACGAUGAGAUGAUCGGUGAGUGCAAGACCAUCUUCGCCGCUGGGCAGGACUCAGGUGCAACCCUCCUCACCUGGGCGAUGUUCUUGCUCAGCAUCUACCCAGAAUGGCAAGAGAAGCUCAGGAAAGAAGUGCUGAGAGAAUGCAGGGAUGAUGAUGGCGACGCCCCCAAUAGCAAUAGCAUCCAAGUCCUUGGCAAACUGAAGCUACUUAGCAUGUUCCUUCUUGAGACACUGAGGCUCUACAGUCCUGUGCCGUUCUUGCUGAGGAAGACCGCGUCUGACACAACAUUAGCAAACAUCAAAUUUCGAAAAGGAACCAUGAUAACAAUUCCGAUCAUGAUGUUGCACCGGAGCAAGGAGAUUUGGGGCCUCGAUGCCGACGAGUUCAACCCCAUGAGGUUUGAGAAAGGCGUCUUGGGGGCUACCAACAACACAUAUGCAAUGUUGGCCUUCUCAUGCGGGCCACGUGCGUGCCCUGGGAGGAACUAUUCCAUGAUCGAGGUGCAGACCGUGAUGACGUUGAUCCUGAGAAGAUUCUCCUUCUCCCUCUCUUCCCAGUAUGUUCACAUGCCCAGGAACCUCAUCACACUGGCACCUAGGUAUGGGCUUCCCCUAAUCGUGAGGAAUUUGCUGGAUGGACAAAAAAGUGACAUUUAA